AUGGCCGCGCAGAUGCUCCGCCGGUGGAAGAGCUUCUACGGCGCCUUCGACUCCGUGGACGCCGCCAUCGAGGCCGCCGACCCAGACCAAUAUUCACGCCACGUGUUCCAGCGCGCGAGGGGUGACCUGUUGGAAGGGCUCGGCAACGCCGCCGACGAGGACCAGGCGGAGCGUAUCUGCGGGAUUCUCGACGACCUCAUGGCAGAGUCUCUCGAGACGCUCAGGGUGGUUCCAUCAACGCCGGGGGUGCCCAUCCCCACGGAACUCGCCGAGUCUGUGCGUGCGCUGCGGGAGCACGACUCGGAGCGCGUCCGCCUCCUCGCGCGCGGCAUCGUCAGCGGGUAA